GAAAAUUCAGUGUUGAAAAAUUGUUGUUUUUAAGUAAUAUGUUGGCAACAAUUCUGGUGAUUUGCACCGAUGAGAAUGUCAUAAAAUGCCGCUAAUAAAAACACUAGUUGUUUGGUUUGGUUCUGUUUCUGUUCUAUCCGCUUUCGUCGACUGGGCUUGAGUAGAGAGUAUGCUGUAAGAGGUGAUUAGCCAUUUUGCUUUUUGUCUAGAAGCCGGUCACGAAAAAAUCAGGAAUUCGUCCGAAAUUCAGUAUUCUAUUCACAUCAAAUCCACUAUUAGGUGAAUAUUUCGAAGCGUUAAACGACCCCAAGACUGAAUAAACAUCUAAAAACUGCCGAACCAUGUCCUCUCAAACGUCGAAGCGAAAGAGGAUCCCGACGAAGAAGGUCGCCUCGAAGAAAUCGAAGAAGGCCGUCGACAUCGACUCUGACUUAAGCGAUGGAAGUGGCACCGAAAACAACGUACAACCCGACGAAGUCCUGAUAGCCGGCCACGGGGACACCCUCGACGAGACCCCCUUGCCCAAGGAACUGCUCAACACCAUCAUCAAACCGGCGGGCCAGCUUAUCUUCUUCGGCAGCGUCAAUUGGGACAGCAUGGGAAAGAGGGAGGCCAAGGGUCAGAAAGUACUGCCUAAUUUGUACUGGCCUCACCGAUUCACCGACCUCAGAAUUCGUCUCGUAGCCAGCGGUUGCGUAGCAGGCCAUUGCAUUAUGGUAACAGAAGAAGGCAAAGCCAUGGCGUUAGGUAGAAACACGCACGGCCAACUCGGUUUAGAUGACACCACGACAAGAACGACUCCGAUUUUAAUACCCGGGUUAGAAAACAUGAACAUCAUAGCCGCUUCCUGUGGUCGACAUCAUACUCUGUUUUUGACCGACGGAGGGACCGUUUUCGCUUGCGGCGAUAACAGAUCGGGACAAUGCGGCGUUGGGAACCUCCAACCGCAGAUUCUGGUGCCCACGAGGAUAAAUUACCGCGGCCCGCCUAUCAUUAAGGUCGGAGCAGGGGCCGAUUUCUCCAUUAUACUCGACAUCAAGGGCGGCCUGCAUUCCUUCGGUUUGCCGGAGUACGGCCAAUUGGGCCACAACACCGACGGCAAAUACUUCAAAACCAGCACGAAGUUGUGCUUCAAUUAUCAAACCAGCCCCAAGCGGAUCGUGCUCUACAUCGAGAAAUCGAAAGACGGCCACGUAUCGCCCGUGGACGUCACCGAAAUCGUCGAUUUCAACUGCGGUCAAAACCACACCGUGGCCAUCGACAGCAAAAAACGCGCGUUCUCGUGGGGUUUCGGAGGAUUCGGUCGCUUGGGUCACGCCGAGCAAAAGGACGAAAUGGUACCUCGCCUUAUUAAGUAUUUCGACAGCCAAUCUAGAGGAGUGAGAUCGGUUCAUUGCGGUUCGACUUACUCACUGGCUGUAACAGAGUUCAACGGUCUAUUCAUGUUCGGACAGACUAAGAAAACGGGCGAAGCGAACAUGUACCCGAAGCCUAUCCAAGACUUAGCCGGGUGGAGUAUCAAGCACAUCGGUACGGGUUUGACUUCCAUUAUAGUGGCAGCCGAUGAGAGCGUAAUAGCAUGGGGGGCUUCGCCGUGUUUCGGGGAAUUGGGGCUGGGCGAUAUGCAGAAAACCAGUACAACGCCAAAAGAGGUUAAUAAGCUCGCAGGCGUGAAGGUGUUGAGUCUCGCCAUGGGACUGUGCUUCACUAUGAUGGUAGCGGCCUGCGAAACGCCGGAGCAGAAGCAGAAACUCGAAAACCUCAAAGAGUACACACCCUAGGUGGUCUAUUAUCCACCGAGGAAUAAGACUUGGUGGCGAAUCUUUUAGUAAUUGAUAUGUUAUCGGUAGAUUUGAACUUUUCGACAAAAAUGUGACUCUAAUAUUUGUGCGUAUAAAAAAUGUGUUUUUUUUUAUUAAAUAUUAAGGUUAUUUUUUUGUAUGAAUACUUAUCUACCUCGUAUACGAGCUAAUUUAUUUUUUUUAUUAGAUUAUACAUUGCUAUUUUCUGUAUUUUUUUAAACUUUUGUGAAUUUAUUUGAACAUAAAAAUUGGUUAGUAUAAAUUAAACUCGGAAUUAUACUAUCUAUUUACUAGGCGUACUUUUUGUAUUUGUUUUAGUGUACCUAUACAAAAAUAAACGUUUUACAGUAUUUUACAAGUUCAUAGUCUGUAAUAGAUUAGGCUAUUGCGAAACUAUUCUUUUUUUAUUUACUUUGUAAGUUCACUAUUUUGUAAUUUUAUUAUUAAAUACAUUCUUAUUGAUAAAAC